CUUUUCUUUACAGUUAACUAUCACAAUAAUGAGUAAUGAGUCCAUAUUAUCAAAUCUUCCAACUCUUGAAGAUAUCUUAUCCCGUAGAACACUUCCCCCUGUCUGUCUUUAUAACUUUUAUAUAGUUAUGCGUGACAAGUUGCAUAUAGAUCACCUCCUUGACUUUUAUCUAGAUGUAACACAUCAUGAAAUCCUCUGGCGUCGAUAUGCUAAAUCCAUUCUCAAAAAUGGAGAUGCUACUAAUACUACUAUUACUAGUGAGAGUAACCAUCAUGAUGAAAUAAAUCUUUAUGAUCGUCUUGAGCAUUCAGUGCAGGCACUGAAAAAGGGAGGAACGCCCUCUUUAUCAAGCACCAUAGAGGGUCCUAUCUCCAAAUACAUUGAUAUCUCUAAACCAGUAACCUCUUUCUCAUCACAUCAUUAUACACCUUCAAUUUCACCUUCAUCAGUCACAGCUCCAGAUAGUCAUACGAUGGUCAACUCCUACAUCGACCGCCACGAUCUCUCUGCUUCUACAGAAUCCAUCGUACAGACUUACCUCAUACCAGGUGCGCCUAAAUCUCUAGAAAACAUUUUACCUGCAUCAUUACGCCAGCGUGUCAUCGACAGCUAUUUAAAUAUGGAUGGAACUGUACGUCAUGACCCAGUGCUGUUUACCGAAUGUAAGUUGGCAUCGUUUUUAUAUAUGGAACGUUGGGCGUAUCCAACAUUCAUACGUCUUAAGGUAUGGGGGAAUGUUACUGAAAGACAACAACUGUAUCGACUGUUGAUCGGUCUCGUAUCUUUGUCAGUAGCCUUCUCUACUGCCUUUAGUUUCAUCUUUUUGGAUAUACCUCAAUGGGGAAAGCGAUUCUGGUGCCUAUUACCAUUUUGGAUAGGAUGUUAUCAAUGUUUUGUGUUUUUAUCAAGAUUAGAUCCCAUUCUAGCCCUUUUAUUUAAUAUUAGUGAGACGACGACCUUUCAUUUUAAUAAAAUCUCUCAACCUCAAGUGAAAUACAUUUUACGCAUGAGAGCCAUCUGGCUUUUAAUAUUUAGUACGCUUAUUGCUAUUAUUAUCACUAUUAUAUUUUCUGCUAUACCCUCAACUCGACUUUAA